GCGGGGCGGCGCGCGCGUGACGUCAGAGCGCGGCGCCGCACAGGGUCCGCGCAGGCGCCGGGCGGGAGCCAGCAUGGCGGCCGAGCGCAAGACCAAGUUGUCCAAGAACCUGCUGCGCAUGAAGUUCAUGCAAAGGGGGUUGGACUCAGAAACCAAGAAACAGCUAGAAGAAGAAGAAAAGAAAAUAAUCAGUGAAGAGCACUGGUACCUGGAUUUGCCGGAGCUGAAAGAGAAAGAGAGUUUCAUAAUUGAAGAGCAGAGUUUCUUAUUAUGCGAAGAUCUUCUCUAUGGAAGAAUGUCAUUCCGAGGAUUUAAUCCUGAAGUUGAGGUACUAUUUCCUCUCAUUAUGUUGAAAAUAACAGGCCUUGAAAUACUGCCACAGCUCCUUAAAGAGAUUGCAGGCAUGGCAGUCUGGGGUGAUGGGAGAAUGGAGUCGGUGAUUAAACAGAGCACGGCAGCGCCUGGAUGGUGCCCUUGUAGCGAGUAGGACUUCGACUCUUUUCAUUGACGUGUCAGAAUGCAUUCGUAUGCUGCUAUUAUGAAAAAUAAUUUUCUGGCCCCCGAAUGUAUCGUUUCUAAGAGAUACGGGUUACUUAAAAAAUGGAUGAUUUGACUUUCUAAUGGACCAGUUUCAGUCCAGGCUUGUGAAUGAAUGGAUUUUAAAUGAAUCCUUUCAAAAGUUGAGGAAAUAACUGUUCGCCUCAUAAAUAUGCUGUUUGUUUGGCUUUACCUGCCUCUGCUUUAUAGAUUGGCGCGGGCCCUCGCUUUAAUACCGACAGGCUUUAAACCUGUCGGUAUUGGACCAGCGAGCCAGACUCUGUUUUGCCAAGUGCGGGCCUGGUUCUCUUGGACAUUUGUUCAUUCUCUGGGCAGGGACUGUCCUGGGGCCUUUCGCAGCCUGCCUGGCCCUUUCCCGGUCCCCUAGCAGUAGUGCACUCCCCCCCCCCCCCCUCCACUGGGACCCUGACACUGGACAGACCCCUGCAAGCACCCAAGGGACCCUGGAGCGGCGUCUUGGUCAGAAAUGGCUGCUCUGGGGGUCCCCUCAGAGAACCGGUCAGCCGAGCAGCGCCAGGGCUGGCUUUCUCUCCUCCCUUUCUUGCGGCUGUUAGGAGCAAGGUGUCAUUUGCACUUGUUACAGUGUAACAAGCGGCGGUGGAGUUUCAGGGGGUCCCAGGUGGUGCUACAGAAGGCCUGGGACCCCUCCCAAGGUGCCAGUGGCUCAGCGAGGGCCGGAGCACCUGGCACUGCUGGGGUUUGGGGCAUGGACCCAGGGGUGGCCCGGCCCAGGCGAGACCCCCGCCCUCCCCUGCAGUCUCCUCCAGCACGUGCUCACUGAGGCUUGGGUUGGGAAGAGAAAGGACAGUGGGGUGAGGCGGGUGGGGACAGAAGCAAAGAGGGCGCAUGUGUGGUGCCCAGACCCCGAGCCACGGGAGGCACGAACAUGCGUCCAGCACCUGGAGGCGGAGACUCGAGGACCCUGGCACUUGAUGGGAGAGUGAGCAGUGGGGUCCGGCCCCCGGCGCCUGAUGGGAGAGUGAGCAGUGGGUUCCAGUGCCCGGCGCCUGAUGGGAGAGUGAGCAGUGGGUUCAGUGCCCGGCACCUGAUGGGAGAGUGAGCAGUGGGUUCCAGCCCCCGGCGCCUGAUGGGAGAGUGAGC